AACAUUUUUGUUUAUUAUUUUUUUUUUAAUACAAAUGUCAAUGAUUCAACUGGGUAAAGUACAUGUAGUUAAAGAACGACGUUCCUUAAUCUGUAGAAAUGAGGUUAAACAUCAGUACGAAAAUCGUUGGAAAUAAAGUUAUCUUGGUACCGUACAGGAUCAGUCACGUUGAAAAGUAUCACAAAUGGAUGGAGGAUGAGGAUCUCAGACUGCAAACAGCUUCUGACAGAUUGACUCUUCACGAGGAAUACGAAAUGCAACAGACAUGGUUAAAUGAUGUUAAAAAGUGUACAUUUAUUGUCCUGGACAAGGAAACAAUGUUAGAGACUAAUGAUGAAGUAGAAUCCAUGAUUGGAGAUGCCAAUGUGUAUUUGAAGGAUUCCUACGAUGGCCUUGUCGGGGAAAUCGGUUUAAUGAUCGCUGAGCCUAAAUUCCGAGGAAAAGGAAUGGGCCGAGAAGUCGCACUGUUGAUCAUGCGCUAUGCUGUGACAGCGAUAAAAGUUAAGAAGUUUGAAGCCAUAGUUUCACUAAACAACGAAAAUAGUAUUAAAAUGUUCAAUAGUCUGAAUUUUCAAGAAGAAUCAAAAAGCACUUUUUUUAAAGAGAUAACACUUGUACGACAAGUCGAUGAAGAAUUUACCGAUUAUUUGUUCUCCAACACGAAGGAAUACAAUGAAUUGCCUACAGAAGAAAAUAAAUAGAAUGUGAGCUUUAA